CCCUCACACCGGUCUGGGUGCCACCUCUCCCUGCUUGGGCGCCGCCGCGCGAGCGCUUCCCUUCCCCCUGCGAGCACCCGGAUAAUGUCUGAGAAUGUCCAUUUCUGGGACGCUUAGCAGCUAUUAUGUCGACUCGAUCAUAAGUCACGAGAGUGAGGACGCUCCUCCAGCCAAGUUUCCUUCCGGCCAGUACGCGAGCCCCCGGCAGCCGGGCCACGCGGAGCACCUGGAGUUCCCCUCGUGCAGCUUCCAGCCCAAAGCGCCGGUGUUCGGCGCCUCCUGGGCGCCGCUGAGCCCGCACGCGUCCGGAAGCCUGCCGUCCGUCUACCACCCCUACCUGCAGCCCCAGGGCGUCCCGCCGGCCGAGAGCAGGUACCUCCGCACCUGGCUGGAGCCGGCGCCGCGCGGCGAAGCUGCUCCGGGGCAGGGCCAGGCGGCGGUGAAGGCGGAGCCGCUGCUGGGCGCGCCUGGGGAGCUGCUCAAACAGGGCACGCCCGAGUACAGUUUGGAAACUUCGGCGGGCAGGGAGGCCGUCCUGUCUAAUCAAAGACCCGGCUACGGGGACAAUAAAAUUUGCGAAGGAAGCGAGGACAAAGAGAGGCCGGAUCAAACCAACCCCUCCGCCAACUGGCUGCACGCUCGCUCUUCCCGGAAAAAGCGCUGUCCCUACACCAAAUACCAGACGCUGGAGCUAGAGAAGGAGUUUCUGUUCAAUAUGUACCUCACCAGGGACCGUAGGCACGAAGUGGCCAGACUCCUCAAUCUGAGUGAGAGACAAGUCAAAAUCUGGUUUCAGAACCGGCGGAUGAAAAUGAAGAAGAAAAGAAAGGAACAGGGCAAAGAGUGAAGAUCCCCCACCCCCGCCCGGCCCUCCCUGCCCCUUCCCCAUCUCACGCUUAUUUAUAAGUGAUGGCUGCAGGGCCAGCGCUGUCUGGGAUGUAUUCAAGUGAAUGGGGAAGGGGGUCUUUCUCUUCAAAGUCCUUCUCUGCAUCUCAAGCAUCUUUCCUUUGCCCUUACCUGUCCUUCUCUUCUCCCUGAGCCUCAGAAGGAAGUUUUGUUGAUUUAGAAGCUAGACAUGUAGUUGGUUUCUAACAAAGUGAUGGGCCGCAAGGAAAGAGAGCCCCUAGUCGAGCCCCUAGCAAUCCCCUUAAUUCUUCUGGGAAGCCCCAGCCCCUCACUUCCAGCCUACCUGUCUCCAUGCAGCACCCCCCCCCCCCCGCCCUGUCCCUAUCCUGAGUCACCCAGGGACACUCCAGCUGCAUACAGCCCAACAGAAGCCCACACACUUAAAGCCUGGAGCCCACAGUGAUAAUGGGGAAAGCUCACAGCCAACACUCAAAUGAAGUGACACCCCAAAUGCAGACCAUCGCACCCCAAAUCUGGCAGAACAGCCCUCAGACCACCAGCAAGCCCAGAUUCUACCCCUGACACAAAUCCACAUCCAGAAGAUGUCUAGAGCCGCACUCCUGAAUGAGGCGUUGUAGCCCAGAGGGCUCGGCAUCACGUCACCGUCUCUAUGGAAUCCCCAACUAUACCCCAUUUGCACCCAAGGGCAAAUGGGGCAAACUCAGCCCCCAAGCUGCAAAGCUAGAAGGGGCGAGGAAAGACAGCAGUGGUCUUAUGGAGGCAUCUUAGGAUUUAUGAAGGUGUUUCACACACACACGUUUUGUUGCAGGAAAUGUUUAAUUCCGCAUGUUGUUUUCCUCUCCUUCCAACAAAAGGAGGUCAAAUCGUGGGUCGUAAGCCUUGACAAUGUCGUCUGUCUGUUCAUCUGUGCCCCGCUUGACACAGACUAGCUUCUCUUGCUCUACACAGGCCCUGCCUUCUUGCACAUCCUCCCCAGCUCUGAAAUCAACUCUGUUCGGCCAAAUCCACCUUGCACCAGCGAAUCAAGCCGCCCCUUGUAGAAAAGUCCCUCCACCCUCCAUCCCCUGCUAGCUCAACCCUACUAUAGGCAGGAAAGCCAGGUCAGGAGAGUCCUAUGGAGAAUUUAUUGUGAAUCGAUUCCCCGAGAGCGCCCUUCCGGGGAUAACUUGUGGACAGGGGGGAGCAGAGGCUCCGGCGGGCGCGCGGAGCCUGGCGCAUGCCUCCCCAUCCUGCCCACGUCUCGACCCAUG